AUGCCUGCCCAGACACCAGAAUUGGAGAUGAUGGAUGAAGAUCGGCUAAUUGAAGAAGUCUUGGAUAAAUUUGUUAAUUGUCAUGAGCAAACAUAUGAAGAAUUUCUGAGAACGUUCACUCAUCUUUCAAAAGAUAAUGUGACCAAAAGAGAAGCCUUUGGAACUAAUUCUUCAGAAAACAAUUUUACUUCAAUAAAAUUUACUCAGAGAAAUGAACCAAAUGAUCACCAUCUUAGGAGUAAAGCCAUGUUUCUUCGUACUUCAUCACAAUGUUCGGAAGAGGAGCAGAUAAUGAUAGGUGACGGCCAAAAAGCUGGCAGUUGCUUUCAAGGUGAUCUGAAUCGAGCAGGGGAGGUGAAGGUAGACAAUUUCCUUGAUAUAGAAGAUUUAGACCUGGAUGAAGAGAUUAAUCCCCAACUGAGCAAGGACGUGCUGCUGCUUCCAGGACAAGUGGAGCAGGAAGUGAGCUUGAGUGUUCCCUCUUACAUUCCUUCUGUGGCCGGCCAGCCUCUCACCCCUGGAACGAAGCCCGGGCCCACCGUGAAAGGAGCAGACAAACAAAGGGAAGAGAUCAUUGGAGAUGAAGUUCAGCCCUUCUCGCUUGAUGAAGAAUUCGAUUACGAUGCAGUGGUGCUAACCCCCAAGUUCACUCCUGCAGAGCUGAAUGCUAUCAAAGAGCUAUCCAAGCAGAAGACAAAGAGCGCAGACUUAGAGGAGCCCCAUGACUGA